AUGGACUACCAGCCUGUAGUCGUCCGCAAACAUGCGCGCCCCGCGUCGACGAAACAUAACGCCGAAUCCAGAUAUUGGCGGCAAUACAAGCACCCCGUCUUCAUCAAGGAAUAUGCGCCUGUUACCUCUGUCCACUUCUCCCCUUCCAAACCUCACCGCUAUGCUGUGACUGCUGCUACUCGCGUGCAGAUUUAUGCGCCAAGAACACAGAAGGUUACCAAGACCAUCUCUCGUUUCAAAGAUGUGGCAAGGAGCGGGAACAUCCGAGGAGACGGCAAGCUCGUCGUGGCUGGAGACGAUACCGGACUAGUGCAGGUCUUCGACAUGAACUCGCGCGCUAUUCUGCGGACGUUUGACGUGCACAAACAACCCGUCCAUGUCGCCAAGUUCUCCGCACUCGACCACACCCAGGUCCUCUCUUGCUCGGACGACACCACCGUCAAGCUGUGGGACAUCCCCUCGCAAGCCGCCAUCACCACCUUCUACGACCACACCGAUUACGUCCGUUCCGGACAGGUCUGCACGCACAACCCUCAUCUCAUCCUCACCGGCUCUUAUGACACAACCGUCCGCCUAUUAGACUCUCGAACGGGAGAGUGUGAGAUGGUAAUGGGCGACGCGUCAAAUCAAUCUGGCACACGCAAUACCGCUCCCGUGGAGCAAGUGCUCAUGUUCCCCUCUGGCACCGCGGCGCUUUCUGCGUCGGGACCUAUCCUUCGCGUGUGGGACAUCGUCGCAGGAGGCCGCUGUACACGAGCCAUGUCAAAUCACCAGAAAACCGUCACGUCUCUAGCAUUCAAUUCAGACGCAAGCCGAGUGCUCACAGGCAGCUUGGAUCAAAUGGUGAAGGUGUACGAUGUGAGCACAUAUCGCGUUGUACACACGAUGCGAUACCCUGCGCCCAUCCUCUGUCUGGCAAUAUCGCCUGACGAGACGCACAUCGCAGCCGGCAUGUCUGAUGGCACUCUGUCAGUCCGCAGACGACAACCGAAGGCGUCUGAACCUGCCGCCCAAGACGUCUUCUCCAUCGCAUCCCUUCGCUCUGGCGCGUUCGAGUCGUUCCUCGGUGGCUCGCUCCCGACUCUCGGCCAAGGGCGGGUCAAGGAGAAGAAAAAGGCAAAACCGGUGGGCGACGUGGACGAGCUGAAAGUGGAGAACAAACGCAAGAAGCGGUUACGGGAAUACGACAGGCUGCUGAAGAACUUCAAGUACUCCGCCGCAUUGGACUCCGUACUCCGCAAGAAUGUGGCGCCCACGACAGCAUUUUCUCUGAUCCAGGAACUCAUCCACAGGGAUGGUCUGCGAACAGCCUUAGGCGGACGCGACGACGUCCUGCUAGAGCCUGUGCUCCGGCUAUUGUUGAAGCACGUCACGGACCCUCGUUUCGGCGAGAUGGUCUGCGACGUCGCCAACAUAGUCAUAGAGAUGUAUACUCCCGUUCUCGGCCAAUCACCACUCAUCGACACCCUCUUCGCGCGACUACGAAAGAAGGUCACAGCUGAGCUCCGCUUCCAAAAAGAGCUGGUCAAGGCUAAGGGCGCGCUAGACAUGCUCCUAGCAUCUGCCGCUCUCUCCGUCGCCCAGUCAUAG